AUGCAACCUGUUCUCACUUGCUUGUUAACCUGCCAUGUAUUCGCAACAUUUUCAGAUACGAAUGUGUCCUUCGACUUGAUCAUCAAACUGAUUGGUGCAAUGAAUCUUGACACGACAACGACCGUGGACUUCGUCAUCCGGUAUGUCAAGGGACUGAACAUAGAUACGAAAGUGGCCUUCGAUUUGAUUAUCAAACUGAUUGGCUCGAUGAAUCUUGACACGACAACGACCGUGGACUUGGUCAUCCGGAUUGUCAACGGACUGAACAUAGAUGCCACCCUCCUGCCAGCUAUGCUCGUCAGGAUAAUUCUCUUGCUGAAUCUUGACCCAAAAUCUGGGGACGAAUUAAUCAGAAGGUUUGCAUCGAGAAUACCUUACGAUGCACACAAGGCUGCGGACAGUAAGUUAUUGUAA